AUGCAGAUGAGCCUCCUCUCCUCCAGACACUACUACUUCGAGCUCCUCCACAAGCAAGAUGACCACGGAUCAGACCAUGUGGAAGUUGGUUGGCGAGUUUUCCUUCCCAGCUUCAAGUUUGAAGUGGUUGAUUCCCCCUACAUCUCACUAUAUACAGAUGAAUCCAGUCUGAAGAUGAACGAGGUGGAACAUGUGCCUCAGUCCCUUGCCAGCUAUGCCGGCAGCUAUCUCUGGGGGACACAGAGGGACGAGCACGGAGCAGAUAUGCUGAAGCCUGACCCGCGAGACACUUUCUUCCUCACUCCCCAGAUCGAGCCAUCCCAUGUGGAGAAUGUGCUGGUGCCCUGUGCCUACAGCCCCACGUAUGUGGUGAAGGACUUCCCAAUUGCCCGCUACCAGGGCCUGCAAUUUGUCUACCUCUCAUUUGUCUACCCCAAUGAUUUCACCCGGCUGACGCACAUGGAGACAGAGAACAAAUGCUUCUACAGAGAGUCUCCCCUUUACCUGGAAAAAUUCGGCUUUUACAAGUACAUGAAGAUGGAUGAAGAGGAGGAGGAUCUUCACCAGAGAGCCUUUCUGUUCCUGAACCCUGAAAAUUUCCUUGAAGAGGAGGAGGAAGGCGCUGACAGCCCUGAGCCCACUGACCCACUUCCUGACACCAAGGACAGGAGCCCCACUACGCUGGAUCCUCGUAUGUUCCCUGAGCCCCAGAGACAGGAGAGACCCGUGACCACAAAGGAGUAUGGGGGUGGCGUGGGCUACUAUGCCUUCCAUCAGAAGCAGAAGAGGUUUCAUGAAGAGGGAGCCCUAAUAGGACAGCCAGUCACCACAGGGACACAGAGUGGGCCCAGCCUGAGUCCCGUGACGUCGUCUAAGGGCUCCCAUGCCUAUGAUAAUGCAGCGGCCUUAGGAGAGCAAGGCGUUCUCCGUCGGCGGUCUCUCAGCUGGGCACAGAACGAGGAGAAUGUGGAGAAUGGACAGAAGGCGGGUGAGAUGGGAAUGUUGCCACAGCCAAAGUCGGGCAGCUCCCUCAACCUCCAUCCUCACCUCCCUGUGUCCUUCUUCUCUGGGAAGGCCAAACAGCAGAGCCCCAAGGAGGAAAAACAGCCCACGAAGGAGAACAAGAAACCCCCAGAGAAAGUGUAUGUGACCCGGCUGCAGCCUGGCAAAAAGAAAGCCCCACCUCAAAAAGAUACUUUCCCCGGAGUUUUCCUCUAUCCCAAGCCUCCAAGGAAGGUGCAGUUGAACUCCAGGAGCCCUCAACGUCGACCUGCUCCCUCCAACAAAUUCCACAGUAUCCCUGGUCGUAGGACACCUUGGCUCAUGGGCAACAUUUCCAGGGAAACCGAUUCUUCCAAAAGGAAGAAAGAGAGGGCCAACAGGAAAUGGGAGCAGCUGUACGAUCAAGAGAUCUCCAAGACCAAGAUGAAGCACAACGUUCAGCCUAGUGUGUUGAGCGUACCUGCUGAAGGGCUGUUCAGCAAAGAAAACUUUGACGUUUCCACCCCAGCAAGGGUGACCCUGGAUUACAACUCCUCAGAGACAGUGCUUUCGGAAGGGGUGAGGGUGACGUCAUUCCUGAGGAUGUCGGAGAUGACAGAGUCUCAGCAGGAGGAGGCCGAGGGCCCAGAGAAGGCCCAGGAGGAGGAGGUGGAGGAGGAGGAAUUGUCUGACUACAGCUAUGAGAACUCUGAGCUGCAGCAGAGCUGGCUAGAGGACUCUAUCAACUGGCAAAGGACGUUCAGUGUCAGCCCCGUGGACUUCGAGCUGUUGCGCUCCGACUGGAACGACCUGCGGUGCAAUGUCUCAGGAAACCUGCAGCUGAGCGAGAGUGAGGUGGUCGAUGUGGUGGCCCAGUACAUGGAGAAACUCAAUGAGAAGAAUGGCGGCAUCUACACCCUCUUGCGGAUCGUCAAUGUGGAGAAACGGCGAGACACAGCCCGGGGAAACCGCUACCUGGUGGAGCUGGAGUUGAUGGAGAGGGGUCAGAGGACUGUGCGGCUCUCGGAGUACAUCUAUGUCCUGCUGCACCAGGGCAAGUCAGAAGACAGCACCGAAGUCAACCCCGAAGGGCCGGCAACGGCGUCCACUGAGUCUCAGCCACCGCCCAGUGCCUGGAGCCUGCUGUAUGGAAAGCCCAUCCUGUGCCGGCCUCAGCAGCUUAACUGGAGGCGUGAUGUCACGGUACAUUUUGUGGUGCCAGUGAAAAACCAGGCACGUUGGGUACAGCAGUUUAUCUCCGACAUGGCCAGCCUAUACUUGAACACCAAGGAUGCCAACUUCAACAUUAUCCUGGUGGACUUUGAUAGUGAUGACAUGGAUGUGGAGAAGGCACUGCAGGAGGCUCACCUGCCCAGGUACCAAUACUUGAAGCGUGGGGGGAACUUUGAACGCUCUGCAGGACUGCAGGUUGGAGUGGACUCCAUUGAGGACGGCAGCAGUAUUGUUUUCCUGUGUGACCUGCACAUCCACUUCCCCCUCAACAUCCUAGACAGCAUCCGGAAGCAUUGUGUGGAGGGGAAACUGGCUUACGCACCCAUCGUCAUGAGGCUGGGCUGUGGGAGCUCUCCGCAAGAACCCAAUGGCUAUUGGGAAGUGAAUGGCUUUGGCCUCUUUGGGAUCUACAAGUCUGACUUUGAUCGUAUUGGAGGGAUGAACACGGAAGAGUUCCGGGACCGCUGGGGUGGAGAGGACUGGGAAUUGCUGGACAGAGUGCUGCAGAGUGGGCUGGAAGUGGAACGUUUGCGACUCAGGAACUUUUACCAUUACUACCAUUCCAAGCGCGGCAUGUGGAAUUCACGCAACAAGAAGACACCCAAAGACUGAACGCCCGCCCUGUUGAA